AUGGGAGACAACUGGAUCCUAAUUAUCAUGCCGUUUCUGUUGUGUCCGCUGACGGGCUGGUCUAAUCCCGUCAUCACCCCGAGUGGACCUCACCUGGUGGUUCCGAAAGGCGGGGCUCUGGAACUCCGCUGCCAUGACAACACCAACGCUGACGCCAACACUCCAUCAACUGUUGUCUCAGGGGGGGUGAGGUGGCAGAGAGAGAGGGGGAGGAGGCUGGAGGGGGAGGUAGAGGAGGGAGGAGGGGUAGUGUUUAUUAGGGUGCAGUCUGCCCAGGGAUAUCACAUGGGACGAUACACCUGCAUCAACAACAACACCAAGGAACGCUCCUCCAUUUACGUCUUUGUGAAAGACCCCCAGAGUCCGUUCCAGCGUUCUAUGGUGAAUGGCAUUCUGGUCCGCGUCGGGGAGGACCUGACUUUACCAUGCCUGGUCACCGACCCUGAUGUGACCCUCGUGACCUUACAGACCUGUGACUUACAUCCUGUACCCUCCGACCUCCAUUACACCGACCCCCAGCGCGGCGUCGUCAUCGGUAAUGCCAGGAAGGAGUACGAGGGUUGCUACGUAUGCGUGGGCGAGCUGGGAGGAGCCACCGUGAGGUCGAGCCAGUAUACUGUGGACAUACGGCUAGUCCCUGAGCAGCCUCCAGUGAUCAGUCUGUCCCAGAGAGAGAGGGUGAUCCUGAGGAGAGGAGAGCAGUUUGAGAUCACCUGCAGAUCCUCAAACCUCAACCCUGACUUCAGCAUUAAGUGGGACUUCCCUGUUGGAGCACGUGCCUUCCAGGACCACGCCUCCCACAUCCUGUCUGGUUCCCGUGGAUACCAACGCUCCGCCUCCCUCUCGAUCGCCUCUGUCAACCAAUCAGACGCCGGGGCAUACCGAUGCCACGCCCACAAUGAGAGGGCGCCACGCCGAUACCCUGCAGCUGGAUUGUGUUUGUUCCCUCCAGAGCGAGGCUUCAUCAGUAUGCUGGGUGACUCCCGGCCUAGCCAGUUUGCUGUCAGAGAAGGGGAGAGCCUAAGCCUCAGGGUAGAGUUGGAGUCCUACCCCAGACCUGGCACUCUGUCCUGGGCUUACAACGGCAAGACCCUCCGCAACACCACGGAGCACGUCAUCACUGUCCAUCGACACAGAUACAGGUACAUCAGUGAGCUGCGGUUGGUGAGGGUCCAUGGGUCAGAGGGCGGGAUCUACACCUUCCUAGCCAAUCAUGAGGACGCCUCUGUCAAUCAAUCAUUCCCUGUCUAUGUGAACAGUAAGCCCGUCAUCAUUUCCCAGGAGGGACCAGUUGAUGGACAGGUGCGCUGCGUUGCCGCCGGUUACCCGGCCCCUAAAAUCAGCUGGUUCUACUGUGAACUGCCCCACACACGGUGUUCCCACCUGACCAACGCCACCCAAUGGGAGCAGCAGGAGGUUGCCACGGUAACGGUAUCAGACUCGGCCUUCGGCAGCAGCGAGGUGGAGAGCCGACUGAACGUCACGAAGGGAGACACACACACACACUACCACACGUUGGAGUGUGUGGCCACCGUGCAGGGCGAGCAGGCUUACACACUGUUCUCCAUCAGCGAGCGCACCGUGGCCCAUAAGCUCUUCACCCCUCUGCUGACUGGUGUGGUUGUUACAUCUGUAAUACUGAGCAUCAUACUGGUGGUUCUCCUCUACAAAUACCUUCAGAAGCCCAAGUUCCAGAUCCAGUGGAAGGUGAUUGACAGUAUCCACGGCAACAACUACAUCUACAUCGAUCCCACCCAGCUUCCCUACGACCCCAAGUGGGAGUUCCCCAGGCAGAAGCUACGCUUUGGUAAGAUCCUGGGUUCGGGGGCCUUUGGUAAGGUGGUGAGAGCCACAGCCUACGGACUGUGUUCUGCUGACUCCGUCACGACUGUCGCUGUCAAGAUGCUCAAACCGAGCGCCCACUCCACCGAGAAGGAGGCUCUGAUGUCGGAGUUGAAGGUUCUCAGUUACCUAGGCAACCAUGUCAACAUCGUCAACCUGCUGGGAGCUUGCACUGUGGGAGGGCCGACGCUGGUGAUCACAGAGUACUGUUGCUAUGGAGAUCUGCUCAACUUCUUGCGUAGGAAGAGAGAGACGUUCUUCAGCGCCCAGGCAGCUGAUGGGUACUACCGCAACAUCAACAACCACCGAGAACCACAGAGAGAUGGGAACGGUAACGGUUACAUGCCUAUGCGUACGUCUGAGAAAGACAGAACGUCCUCCCAGUCAGAUGAUAAGGGGUGUCUGAGUAUAGAUGACUUGUCGGUGGACACAGAUGAUCUACUGAGCUUCUCCUACCAGGUGGCUAAGGGAAUGGAGUACAUCACCUCCAAGAAU